CAGAUAAUGACAGCAACAUAAUGAAAUUAACCAAAAGUUAAUGAAAAAAUACAAAAUGCAACAAAAGGGAUUAGAAUAGCUGUUUUCAGUAAAAUGUAAUUAAUUAAUUAUAAAUGGCGGCUUUUAACCAUGAAGAAACAGAAGGCCAACAGUUUGUUGAAGAAAUUGAUUGCAAUGAAAUUCAGGUGAAAGAGUGUGUAGGAGAAGGUAGUUUUGGUGUUGUAUAUCGAGCUGUGUGGAGAGAUAUCAAUGUAGCUGUCAAGAAUAUUACAACAGAAGCAGAAAAGAAAGCAUUUGCAGUAGAAGUACGACAAUUGUCUCGAGUGAGUCAUGAGAACAUAGUAAGAUUAUAUGGAGCUUGUACUAAAGGGCCUUAUAUUUGCCUGGUUAUGGAAUAUGCAGAAGGAGGAUCAUUGUUUAACAUCUUGCAUUCUCCCCCAAAAGUAAGAUAUACAAUAGAUCAUGCAUUAUCAUGGGCAUUACAAUGUGCACAGGGUGUUGCAUAUUUGCAUUCGAUGAAACCAAAGCCACUUAUUCAUAGGGAUUUAAAACCACCAAAUCUACUAUUAAUUGAUGGAGGUACAAAGUUAAAGAUUUGUGAUUUUGGUACAGCUGCAGAUAAAAGUACAUACAUGACCAAUAAUAAAGGCAGCGCAGCUUGGAUGGCCCCAGAGGUGUUUACAUCUUCAAAUUACACUGAAAAAUGUGAUGUUUUUAGCUGGGGAAUAAUUUUAUGGGAGGUUCUGUCCAGGCGUAAGCCCUUUUACCACAUUGGUGGUUCAGCAUUUAGAAUAAUGUGGGCAGUUCAUAAAGGUAUAAGACCUCCACUUAUCAGAAAUUGUCCUCCACUACUGGAAAAUCUCAUGACCCAAUGCUGGGAUCAAAACCCUAUUAACAGGCCCAGUAUGUCUCAGGUGGAAGAGAUUAUGUCAAAACUUUGUCAAGUAUUUACAGAUGCAAACGAACCUGUACAAUGCUUUGAAGAAUACUAUGAAGAAGAACAAGAAGAGGAUACUUACGCCGAUAAUAUUCAGCAGUCCUUCGUGUCCAAUAGUACUCAAAACUCCCAAAGACAAAUUACUUUGCCACAACCCAAUCCUCAAGUGAUCACACCUUUGUCUGUUGAAGUGGAUCCGCAUGCUUGGGACAUAGAGGAGUACAGCGAUAUGGAGUUACGUACUAUGGCCGGUUUUGACAAAAUGGUGCCUAAGAAGGGCACGACAAAUACAGUUCAAGCGUCAGUACAGAGUUCUGCCAACGUUUCUAGCAGUCCAGUUCCUCCAGAUCCAGAUUUGGACAACAUGCAUUUACUUUUAGAUGCCCACUUAAGGCCCGCGACCCCUGACGAGCAUGAUCCUCGUUCAAUGGCGCUUUUCGAAGAACAUAAACAACUUGCUCAAGAAUAUUUAAAGGUACAGACUGAAUUAGCGUACUUAGAACAACGAAAGGCUAAGUUACAAGAAGCUCAGAGUUUGGAGCAACAAAGGCGUAGGCAGACGAUAGAACAACUCCAGAGCGAAAAAGAGUCGCUAAUUUUGCUCAGGGAGAGUUUGCAAAGGCAAAAAGAACAACUGAAUUCAAAUGCAGGAAGGCGACAGUCCGAUGGAUGGGUUAUUGUGUCACGACAAAACAGCAUGUAGUGCUUUCAACUGUAGUUUAUUUUAAUCGUUUUUAAGACUUAUUUAGAAUCGUAUACAUUUGUUUUUAAAACCGAAAUAGUGAUAGGUACCAGGUACCAUUGUCUUGCCAAAAAUAUUUUGGUCUCUUUUAGAUUGUUUCUUCCUGGGGUACAUCAUGCAAUUAAAUCUUUUACUAGGUCACUGCCUUGUGAAGAAAUCAUUUUUUACUGCUAUUUUAAUGUAAUAGUGUUCGUACUGUUCUGUACUGUACAUGUGCCCAGAUAAACAAUUUUUUUUUGUUUAUUUUUACUAUAAAUCCUGCGCAACAUUACUGGUUGUGCCUACCUAUGUUAUUUUUGUACAAUUUUUAGUGUUAAGUGUUGAAACAAGUUGUAUAUAAUAGUUUUUAGACCUCUGUGCAUGUCAAUUUUUUAUUCAAGAGAGAAUAAACCCUUUAUAAAUGUU